GCAGCAGCAGCACGUGGGGUCGGCCAGAUGAACGGGUCGGGCAGCUCGUCGCACGCGCUCGUGUCGAUCAUCAAGCUCGCGGGCUCGGUGCAGGGCGCGCUCCUCCGCGUGGGCGAGACGUACAUCUUGCUCAACUGCGGCGACCCGUCGCCAUCGGCGCCGACGGCGAUCACGUCAAUGACCACGAUAGGGCUGCCGCAAGGUAGCAUUGUGAGCGCCGUCUUGGUCACGGACUGGCGCAUCUCGAGCAGCGGCAUGCUCCCACACUUCCUUUCUGUCUACAACACGCACCACAAUCGGCGCAACAAGGACAAGACCAGCAAGACCAAAGGCGGCGACGGCAACGCGUCGUUCUUAAACGACAGCGCGAUCGCGUCCAUCUCGUCGCUCGCGUUCGACCAGCCAUGCGUGUACACGGACCCGCGCGGCACGCUUCUCACGAUCACGGCCCACCGCGCCGGCCACGUCGCCGGCGGCUGCCUCUACACGAUCGAGGUCGACGGCACGCAGGUGGCGUUUGUCGAUGGGUUCAACCUCCACGGCUCGCGCGUGCUCUUGCCCGCGAGCUUGCCACCCCGGCCGCCGCACAUUGCACUCAUCCGCGGCAACUACUCGGUGACUGUCUCGGAGACGCGGACCGUCAUUGAGCGCGAGUUUUGCAAGGUCAUCCAUGACGUGAUCAACCUCCGCGGCAAAGUCGUGAUUCCUGUCUUUGGCGUCGGCUGCUUCUUCCACGACAUCCUCUCGAUGCUCACCGACUACUGGGUGCGCAUGGAGCUCACGCACGUGCCUAUUUACGUCACGUCCGACACACUACUGCACCAGCAAGCCACACCGUUCUACCACGCACUCCUGCUCGACUCGUACACCAACGCGUUUAACCAUCGAACGCGCCUGCCUGUCUACAAACUCCCGAGUCUCCAGACGCUCGAGGAGCCGAACACGCCCAUGGUUGUCUUCUCGGAAGGCGCUUCGCUCACGAGUGGCGACACGGCGUCGGCCCUCCAAGCGAUCGGCCAGCACGUCAACAACCUCCUCGUGCUCUCCGAGUUUUGCACGAAAGGGACCAUCAACCGCGCGUUUCUCAACAAUGAAGUGUGCGCCGAGCUCUCCAAGUCCUUCCACGCGUCGAUUACCUGUCGCGUGCACGAGCUUCCGAGCGGCGAAGAAGGUGACGCGCGCGACGUGGCCGAGCUCACGCGCCAGCUCCGCCCGCGGCACCAUGUGGUCUUGGCCGGCGUCGACGACGGCCACGUGGCCUGCUUCCACGAGGCGAUUCCAAGCGACGGUCGACUCGCGCCCUUCUCGGUGCUCGGCGACGACGACCUCGUGCUCAGCGUCCCGAGAGACAUUGGCGUCCGCGUCCGCUCCAACGUCGCGUUCAACCGGGGUCCGAUGACGACGCUCCUUGUGGCCGAGCCGCGCAAGAAGAUGGCUGUCUAUGGCGAAAGCAGUCUCCGCCGCCUCAAGAAGAAGCGCCAUGCGCUCGAGUACGACCACUCGUGGAAGUACCCGAAGUCGUCGGCGAUCUCGAAGCGCCCGAAGGAGGUCAAGAAGCGGUCGGGCGGCGCGAGCUUCAUGCUGCAGGACCUCCUCGUGAACGACGCGCCCGACUCGGACGACCCGGAAGAAGAGAUGCAAGCAAAUGUGAGCGACGUGCACGACGGCAUCUACCGCGCGCUGCACCAGUGGAUGGGCGUUGGCAAGUACCCGAUCGAGCGCCGACCCAUGAGCGUCGAAGUCGGGUCGGUUCAAGUCGACGUGAGCACCGACUGGUCGAUCAACAUGCGCUGGUCCUUUGACGACGAAGAGCUCGCGAGUCGCGUCUUUGGCCUCGCCCAGCGUGUCGUGCAGCAGCAGUACGGCGAGGCCCACAACCACUCGUACCACCACUAGCCCCACUUCUUCUACUACUAAUACAUGCUUCCUGCAAGAAUGCUGCUUCA